AUGAGAGGAGAGACAGGUUUUGUAGGUUUGCCGGGACUGUCGGGAGGCAAAGGCGACCCCGGCUUUUACGGAAUACCUGGUAUUGUGGGCGCAAAAGGAGAACGAGGAGUACCAGGUGUGCCGUCUUGGGAGGGCAGUAGAGGCGAUGCGGGCGAUGCAGGUCUACCCGGGAUCUCUGGUUUGCCCGGACAAAGGGGUGACGACGGUUACUCCGGUCAACCGGGAUUUGUGGGUCCAAUUGGCGAUCGAGUCACAAUAACAGGAGAACCCGGAAGACCGGGUUAUUCGGGCAGAGAUGGAUGGCCCGGACAAAAGGGACUGCCAGGUGAUCCAGGUCUAGACGGAAUUCCUGGUUUACCCGGCUUUCCGGGACAUUUACACGCCGGUAAUAUAGGAGAGCGCGGAGACGUUGGUUUUGAUGGGUUCCCCGGAAUUGAUGGCAUUCCAGGCUUAAAAGGGAUGUCAGGAUUUCCAGGUCUAUCAGGACUAAAGGGACAAAUUGGUGAACCUGGCUAUCCUGGACCUCCUAUAUUCCCAGGAGAAAAAGGAUUCCCCGGAAUGAAUGGAUUGCCGGGAAUGCCAGGCAUGAAAGGUGAUUAUGGUGAUUUUGGUCUUUUGGGAUAUCCCGGAACCAAAGGUGACAGAGGAGACAACGGAUUGUCAGGAUUGCCAGGAAUUGAUGGAAUUCCAGGAUUAGCCGGAGACGCCGGACUGAAGGGAGAUUCACCAGAAUUGGGUCAUUUGGAACUGACGAGAGGAGAACCAGGCUUACCAGGUCAUCAUGGUCCUAUGGGCGACCCUGGUUUGGACGGCUAUCCAGGCGUUGUGGGUAAUCCCGGAUACCAAGGAAAUCCUGGAAUCCCUGGCUUCCCGGGUCUUCCCGGAAGGGAAGGAAUUCCGGGACCGGUCGGUGAUUUCGGUUCUCCGGGAGCUGAGGGAACAGUUGGCCGCAAAGCUCCUUCGAUCGGAUAUUUUUUUACGAGACACAGUCAGACAACAACUGCACCCCAAUGUCCCGAUAAAACAGACGUCUUGUGGUCCGGCUAUUCAUUGCUAUAUAUUAUGGGUAACGAAAGAGCUCACGGCCAGGACUUGGGAAGUCCUGGUAGUUGUUUGCGACGGUUCAGUACAAUGCCGUAUAUGUUCUGUAAUCUCAACAAUGUGUGUCAUUUUGCCUCAAGAAAUGAUUAUAGCUAUUGGUUGAGUACAGCAGAGCCGAUGCCAAUGGCUAUGACACCCAUAUAUGGCAGAGAUAUACAAAAGUUCAUCAGUCGAUGCAGUGUUUGUGAAUCAGCGACACAAGUGAUUGCCAUUCACAGCCAGAGUAUGCAUAUUCCCGACUGUCCUAAUGGUUGGGAUGGUCUGUGGAUAGGAUAUAGUUUUUUCAUGAACACGGAUGCGGGUGCAGAAGGUAGUGGUCAACCGCUAUCAUCUCCGGGCUCUUGUCUGGAAGACUUCAAGCCUAACCCAUUCAUUGAAUGUCAGGGACACGGAAAGUGUAAUUAUUAUACCACUGCCUAUAGCUUCUGGUUGGCGACCAUUGAUCACAACCAACAGUUCAGAUCACCCGACUCUCAGACACUCAAGUCAGGAGAUCUCAUCUCAAAGGUGUCGCGCUGUCAGGUCUGUAUCAGAAGAGCUGUUCCCAUACGAAGACAACGUCCCAUCAAUAGAGGCGUUCCCGUCAAGAAGUGAUACAUUAGUCUAUUUAAUUCACUGCCAUUUAAAUAAAUAAAUUCGUUUUUAAUUUAUUAUAAUUUAUAAACUAAAUAAAUUAUAUAAACAAUUGCUUUUCAAUGAUUACUAAUCUAUAAAAAUGAAAUGUUGUGUAAAUUAUUGUUAUUAUAUAUACUUUUUAAUUCUGUAUUCAUUUAAAUUACAAAUUUUGAAAUAAGACUAC